AUGAGCCGCCUUAGCGGCCGUUGGGAGGGCGCCGAUAAGGAUUUCCUCGCUCCUUCACAGCUCCUCCUGGACCUAUGCCUUCGAUGUUUGACAAAGAACCUUUCCAGAUACGCUGCAGAUAUUAAGUUGUUGCCGCCCAACAUAAAGGACAAACUGAUUAAUUUAAUGAGUAGGCAAGGACGAAUAACUGAUUCAAAUAUCAGUGAGGUAUUGCACCCAGCUGUAGAGGCUCUAGACCUCCGAGACUGUGAUAUUUCAGAUAAUGCAUUACUGCAGCUUUAUAACUGCAAGCAACUGAAAAAAAUCAACUUAAAUUCUUGCAAAGAAAACAGAUUGGGAAUCACUUCAGAAGGUGUCAUAGCACUGGCCUUAUCCUGUCCUUACUUGCGUGAAGCCUCUUUUAAAAGGUGCUGUGAUAUAACUGACAGUGGAGUUCUUGCUCUUGCACUCAACUGCCAGUUCCUAGAAAUAGUGAGCUUGGGUGGCUGCUCAGGCAUCAUGGAUGCAUCUCUGCAGGCACUAGGAGAAAACUGCAAAUUUCUCCACAGUGUGGACUUUUCAUCUACUCAGGUAACAGAUGAUGGCGUUGUAGCACUAGUGAGUGGAACAUGUUCAAAGAAUUUAAAGGAGAUCCACAUGGUACGCUGUGUGAAUCUGACUGAUGUUGCUGUGGAAGCAGUCCUUACUUCAUGUCCAAAGAUACACAUUUUUCUGUUCCAUGGAUGCCCAUUGAUGACAGAUCGUUCCCGAGAUGUUUUAGAGCAGCUAGUCAUAUCAAACAAAAUCAAGCAAGUAACAUGGACUGUUUACUGACUAUUUACC